AUGUCGCAUCACUUCAUGAAGUCCGUAACGGCAGCCAUUUUGAUCACUGUAACCCCCUACAUCUAUACCAAUCUAGGCAUCGGCGAUGGGGUGGCCAUUCUUGCCACCGUUUCAAUAUUUGGCAUCCUAGGGACAGAGUUUACACUGUCCACAGUAUGGAAGGAAUAUACACCAUCUUCCGGGGCCAGGGAUUUGUCCUUCACACCUGGAAAUGGCCUACAGGCACGGCCUCUUGUCGAACCACAAGAUCCUGCCACGUUCAAUGUCAGAUUGUUUUGUGAUCCCACUAUGAAUGGGUGCAACUCGGCAGUCCUCGAGGCCAAUCGAGCGGAGGGCAACUGUGGAAUCUGUGAGCUCUAG